AUCUUGGCAAAUCGUCAUUGGUUGGCAUCGCGAAUACCCGUGUAAAAGUGUCCAGCAAUUGAAUGUUAUCUGUGAAACCCAGCGAAACCCAGGAGAUCCUUGAACAAAAGCUGCCAUUUCCACGUAAACAGAGAUAAAAUCCAAGGUACGUCAAGAUGCGUCAGUUUAACAUCUCGGUCAUUGGACUAUCCGGGACCGAAAAGGACCGCGGCCAGGUGGGCGUGGGCAAGUCAUGCCUGUGCAACAGAUUCAUGCGCCCGAUGGCCGACGACUACUUCAUCGAUCACAUAUCAGUGCUCAGCCAGAGCGACUUCAGUGGCCGGAUCGUGAACAACGACCACUUCCUCUAUUGGGGCGAUGUGCGCAAGACGACGGACGAGGGCGUCGAGUACCAGUUCAACAUCAUCGAGCAGACCGAGUUCAUGGACGACUCCACCUUCCAGGCCUUUAAGGUGGGCAAGAUGGAUCCGUACUCGAAGCGGUGCACCGCCACCAAGGUCUUCUCCGCGGAGAAGCUAAUGUACAUAUGCAAGAAUCAGUUGGGCAUCGAGAAGGAGUACGAGCAGAAGGUGAUGCCCGAUGGCCGGCUCAGUAUCGAUGGCUUUGUGGUCGUCUUCGAUGUGAGUCCGGUGCCCAAUCGCAGUGUGGAGAAGCAGGUGGAGUUUGUGCAGAAUGUUAUCGCCACCAUACUGAAGAACAAGAAGCCCCUGGUGCUGGUGACUACCAAGAACGACGACGCCUACGAGUUGUAUGUCCGCGAGGCGGAGAAGAUUAGCCAGCGGAAGGACUAUAAGAGCACCGUUCAGUUAAUCGAGACAUCGGCCCACGAGAGCAUCAACAUCGAUUUGGCCUUCCUCCUGCUCGCCCAGAUGAUCGACAAGGUUAAGAACCGGGUCAAGAUCAUCUCUUACCAGGAGUCAGCCAAAUCACGCAAGGAGCUCCUGGACACACGAUCCGAGGCGGUGACGCGACUGAUUCGCAACCAGAUCACCGACUAUCAUGUCCUGUGGUCGCAGGGCUCCAAGAUGCUGUCGCAGUACCGCGAGUGGAACGAGUUCCUCAACAUAUUUGGCCACGAGGCCGGCCAGAAGCUCUUCCGGCGGCACAUGAAGAAGCUGCGCGACGAUCAUCUCAACAAGAAGCUACAUCAGUAUUUGGACAAGUUCGCAUUGGCCCUGGAGUACCUGCUGCCGGACAUUGGGGCCCUGAAUAUCAGCGAUGACGAUGCGUGGGAGUGCGCCAGGAAUUAUCUGCAGAAUCACAUCGAGUUCGAGCAGUACUUCUUCGAGUGCCCGCAGGCCUCGUGGACGGAGCUGGUGGACAUGGACGAGGCGGAGGACGAGGCCCGCAUUCCGUUCGAUGUGCUGGAGACUUCCGAGGCAGAGACCGUCUUCCGUAACUACUUGAACUCGGUGCAGCAGGACAAGAAGAAGAUUGGAUGGAAGCAGCAGUUCAAAAUGCUGCUGGAGGAGUCUGGUUUUGUGACGCCCGGCAAGCAGCUGUCCGAGGUGCGAGUCCUCUUCAUGGGCCGCGAAUGCUUCGAGGCACUCUCGGAGCACGACUGCCAGCAGAUCUACGAUAUCCACCAGGACGACAUUAUCGAGAAGAGCAAGCAGAACUUUGUGGAGCUUCUGCUGGAGCACGCUCAAUACUUUCUGCAGUUCAAGAACGUGGACAACAUCACGCAAGAGGAUGUCCGCCAGAUCACCGAUGUCAUCCAGGAGGAUUCGCGCUACAAGAUGCUCGAUCGCUUGGACCAGGAGCGUCGCCUGAUGCUCGUCCAGCACCUGCGCUUCAUACACUGCCCCAUCCGCGACCACUGCCCCUUUUUCUACAACUGUGUGGACAGCCUGAUCGAGGAGGUACUGUCCGACAAGUCGGCCGGUAACCACAAGACGCCCAGCGGCGGUGGUUGGAAGAGUUCCGGCAGCGGCAGUGACCGCACGCUCAAUCUGCUGAUCGUGGGCUCCGAGCACCUGGCCAGCGAUCUCCUCAACGACAUCCGCAUCUGCACCGGCAGCAAGGGCGAGUACAUCUACGAGAACCAGACGUACUAUCUCAACUACCGAAUUGCCAACGGCGACAUGGAGGCCUUCAAGGCCAUCGAUGUCUACUCGAGUGGCCUGAUUUGCGUAUACUCCAACCAGCAAUCUUUUGAGACGCUCAAGGACAACUUGGAGCGCACGCUGCUCUGCAACCUGGAGCUGGAGGACAAGUUCGAGAACCUGCCCAUUGUGCUGGUCUACCAGCCGCAGGAUCUCAAGGAGAACGAGGUGGAGUACUUGCGCAACGAGGGCAUGCGCCUGUCGGAGAUGCUGCACUGCGACUUCAUCGACCAUACGCAGAACCACCAGAAGUACGUGUACGACAUACUCAACAUCGUCAUCCUGUCGCUGAAGCUGACCGAGAUGAAGAGCUACGAGCCAUAUCCCUCCAACCACACGGACCUGCGCAUCCUGUGCUGCAUCUUCUGUGGCGAUCAGUACGACAUCGAGAACAUUGUGCAGCCGCUGGUGGCGGAAUCGACGCUGGUCAAGGCCAGCGAGCACUCCAUCAUUGUCGACGUCUUCAUUGGCGAUGCCAAGCGGCGGGUGGAGUUUAUCCUGUCUUCAUAUCACGGCACUAGCCAGUACCGCGAUGAGCUGAUCCAUGGCUAUAUUUACUUUUACUCCGCCAAGCGUCGAUCUUCGUUGGCAAAUCUUAGCAUCCUGGCAGCCCAGAAUGCCAACAUUCCAUUGCAGAUUAUCGCGGUGACCGAGAGCGGGGGCGUAAAUGCCUUCUUCAACAGCGAUAUUUGCCAGUUUCUGAUCACCGAGGGCAAUGCGGUGGCCGAUCGCUUCAAGGGCAGCUUUAUGACCUUCUCGGCGGAUCAGUAUGUCAAGUUUGCGUUCUAUAAUCCAUUCCUGAAGACGGCCUGGGACAACAAGUACGAGGUGGAGAACCUGCAUGUGGAGGAGUCAAUUACUUUGGAUUCGGGCGAGGGCACGCUGGAGAACUCUGUUAACCAGAUGCCACGCCCGCCGCCGCGCCACGAGAGCUACAUGCUGUCCAAUACGCUGGGAACCGACGGUUCCGGCAGUGAGAACUACGAAAUGGCUCCUACCCGAUCUCUCAACUCAUUAAAUGAAGAAAGAGAUAUAUCAUUAGAUGAAAUCUACGAUGACAACGAAAAGCCCAAGCACCUGCAUCAAAGAUUCCAGAUAUUCCCUCCUCCAACAACUCCUCCAGAGCCAGCCCCUCCAGAUCAUCAGCUCAUUACAUGCACAUAUAAGAGUCAAUUCGUUUCGGCUUCAGAAUCAAGUUUGGAAGAAAUAACAUCGGAUGUCAGCGGGUCCAAGGAUUCACUAGCCACCCAUGAUGCAGAGUGGCUGGAGGAUAAGAGCGACGGGCGGCGGAACAUGAACAAGAACUCGAUUUGGAACAACUUCAGCGGAUCGACACAUGCCUACACCACCGGUCGCCGGCACAUCGACUCCAAUCUGAACAAGAUCCGCCCGAAGGGACCCAGCCAAACGCUGAAGGUGGGCGAGGCGCCCAGUCGCAAUUGCCCGGCCAUGAGCUCCUCCACCUUCACCCUGCCCACCCAGCAGCCGGGCAAGCUCAACAUGAAGAACUUCCAGCUGGUCAGCGAUGCGGUGGCCAAGAUGAAUUUCACCGGCUCCGGUUCGGGCUCGGGCUCCGGCUCGGGAUCGGGCAGCACUGGGCUGGGCCUGGGCCUGGGCACCGGUGGCAGCGGCAGCAUGGGCGACUCGUAUCUGGAGCCCUGCGACAAGGACGGCAAGCGCUAUGACCAUGCCCAGUUGGAUGGCGAGGACGAGGACUCCGAGGAGCUGGCCGAGUACGAGCAGAUCUACGAGAACGAAGACUGCACCGAAUCCGACAGCUGUGCCAGUUCCACGGAGCGACGGGUGCGCCAGCAGAAUGCCUACUACAAGGCCAGCAAGAAGCCGGUGGCCGCCAAGAAGCAGAAGAAGAAGAAGGUGGCCAUCCCGGUGCAGACGCCGCGGGUUCCUCCGUUCGGCUCCUAUGUGAGUCCGCCGGAGAUUCCGCUGCACUACCAGCGCAUGGUCGUUGGCGGCGGCGGGCCAGGUGAGAAAAAGAAACCUGAACCUUGCGUUCCCGAUUUCAUGAAGAGCGACAAGUCGCCGGAGCAGUAUUCCAUGGUGCCGGAACUGGCGGCUGCCGGCAUCUUUGGCACGGAGAACUUGCCCGAAUACAACGCCAAGUGCUUGAAGGAGUACGAAAAGAUGGAGAAGCUGGAGAAGCGGCGCCUCAAGGAGGAGACGGCCCGGCUGCGCAAGCUCCAGGAGAAGGAGAAGGAGCAGGAGAAGAAGCUCAAGCGCAAACUCAAGCAGAAUUCCAAGGGCCUGGUUGAGUCGGCGGAGGCGCAGUUUGGCAAGCUGAUGAUUAGCUCUGAGCAGGGCGAGAUCCCCAUCUUCCUCAACAAGUGUGUGGAGUUCAUCGAGAAGGAGGGCCUGGAUUCCGAGGGCAUCUACAGGGUGCCGGGUAGCAGGGCGCACGUGGACAUGCUGUUCCAGCGAUUCGAAGAGGAUACCAAAACUGAGAUCGAUGCGCUGGACAUUCCCGUCAACGCAGUGGCCACCGCACUGAAGGACUUCUUCUCCAAGCGCCUGCCGCCGCUGUUCAGCAAGGACAUUAUCAAGGAGCUGGAGGAGAUUGCCGGUUCCCGCGGAGUGGGCAACUCCAAGCUGAAUGUGGAGGUCAAAACGGACCGGAGUUGUCGCUUGAUAGCUUUAAAAUCGCUGCUCCAAAAGCUGCCGCCCAUCAAUUUUGCCAUACUCAAAUACAUAUUCCAGCACUUUGUGCACGUCUCGGACAACUCGAAGCUAAACAGCAUGGACAGCAAGAACCUGGCCAUCUGCUGGUGGCCCACACUCAUUCCCAUCGACUUCACCGACAUGGGCCACUUCGAGCAGCUGCGUCCGUAUCUGGAGGACAUUGUCCAGACCAUGAUCGACCAGUUCCCGUAUCUGUUCUGCGGCAAGGACGCCUUUGUCAUGGUCUAGGCCUAGAUCCCCGCCAGGCCAUGGCCAUGGCAGCAUUGGACUUUCACUUGACCGCCGGACGCGAAGCCAAAACGAGAUAGUUAGAUUCAAUGUGCGUUGUGUGUAUGAAUGUGGGCGCCAGUGUGCCAUGUGUGCUUUGUGUUUUUUGGGUGUUGAUCUAAGGAGCAUAUUAGUAAUAGCCAUAGGAAGGAGAAAGGAGAAAGGAGGAGGAGAAAGGAGGAAGGAGGCAGGAGGCGUUAGCAGGAGGCAGCCCAUCGAUCGAUCGAUUCAUUCAAAUGAGGAUCAGCAGCCAGGCAUAUACAUAUUUAUAAUAGUAUAUAAUAUACUUGGGUCUAUUGUGUGCAGUGUGUGAGAUUCGUGAUUCGUGAUUGUGUGUGCGAGCGAGCGAGAGAACAGAACUUGGCUAAGUAGGGUAUAUUUAUUUUUUAUAUAUACAAUAUAUAUUUUGUAUCGAUGGCUUUGUUGUGUUUCCGUGAUAUAUGUAAACGCGUCAAGUAUUUUCUCUGUGUGGUGCGUCCUUUGUCGUUGAAUCCAUUGAGUGAGACCUCCCCUCGCCGCCCCCCACACCCCGCCCUUUUGGUCGCCCCUUGACCCCCCAUUGACCCCACCCCCAAACACCCUCCCCCCCUAACGAAAAGGGGCGGGGCGGGGGCGCCAACGACAACGCACAAAAAACAAAACAAAAAAAAAAAAAACAAAAAGCAAAACCAA